AUGACCAGUGGUACUGAAGAGCAAUGGCAAAGGAUCCAGCAUUUGGAAAAGGAGCAUGUGGAAGUAUAUAAAGAACUACUAACUGCGUUAGAUAAACUGUACCUGAUCAGGAAACACAAUCAUGCAGUAGUAUUGAACUCCAGCCAGAAACGUCUCUUGGAAAUCAGACACCAACUUCAAAUUAAUCUUGAAAAAACCGGCCUUCUCAUAAGGCUUUUAGAAAAACCAGAUAAUAGUAAUAUAUUAUUUGUGAAACUACAAAACCUAUUAGAGGAAAGCAAUUCUCUGGACAACGAGCUCUUGCAAUCAUUGGGUACCCAAUCUUCAUUCAACAAACAAUUGAUCGAAUCAAGACUGGAGCGAGAUCAGUUGAUGGCAAAACUGGUAGAGGUAUCCUCGAGGUUUCCAAAUGAAACUUUACGUGCAGACGAUGAUGAAAUUGCCGAAAACCAGGUUGAGUUGGAAAGGGAGAAUGAAACUAUACAGGAAUUACUUAUUGCUUUACAAAUACAUUCUGGGUAUACAGAUAUAUCUUACGCAAUUUAG